GGUUUUUUGAUUAUAAAAAUUGAAAAUUUUUUGAUUUUUUCGAAAACUUUUCAUUUUUGUUGUUGACAAAAACUUUCCCACGAUAAUGACGAUUGUAUCAUCAGAUUCUUCAGAUUCAUCGGCCGAUGCUGUGGAAAAACUACGAAAACGUUUUUUAGAAACGGAAAUUCAAAUCCACCCAGAUGAAUAUCAUCCGAUUGAUAUUGAACGUAUCCGCCAUGAGGAUUGGUCGGUUAAACGAUUUCUAAUCGCUUCGAAUUGGAAUGAAAAUCUAGCAUUCGAUUCAAUGCGUGAAUCAUAUCGUUGGCGACAAAAAUUCGGUCUACAUAAUCGUUCGGAUCAAUCAUUUCCACGUGAAUUUUGGCAAUUAUCUGGUGUUGAAAUAAUCAAAACAAUCGAUGGACAAUUUGUUGUUGUUGAAGUUUUACGUUAUCAAAAAAAAUUCAAUCAAUUACAACAAUUACAAUUGGAAUUUAUUGGACAUUGCUUGGAAAAAAUUGAUCGUCAAGCAGGUGAAAAUGGAUUUAUUGCCUUGAAAGAUUUAACCGAUGCUCGACAUCAUAAUGUUAAUUUUGAACUGAUUGAAUUUCAAAUGAUUGUUUCGGAUUAUUUUCCGGGUGGUUUAAAACAAAUUUGGUUGGUAAAUUGUCCAUGGAUUGUACGGCCAUUUUUACCGAUUGUUGUAAAUUUUUUAUAUCCAAAAUUUCGUCAAUUAAUUCAAUAUUUGGAAUUGAAAAAUGUUCGACAAUUAUUCGAACCGGAAAAUUUACCAAAAACAUUAAGAACAACAAUCGAUGAUGGUGAUGAACAACAAUCAUCGAUGGUCAAAAUUGAAAAUACAAAACCAUUAGCAUAUAUGGCCAAUGAAUUAGGUUUUGAUCAAGAAUUGAUAAAUUUGAUUUAUAAAUUUUUCAAUAUACAAUUACCACCACCAUUAUCAUCAACAACGGUCGAUUAAUCUGUAAAUCGAUUGUUUGUAUCCAUCGAUCGAUCGAUCGAUGGUGAUGAUAGUUGCCAUGUAAUCGAUUUAUUUGGAAUGUUAACAACACCACCA